AUGUCCAUCAAGCCCUUGCCAGAGGACGUCAUCCGCCGCAUCAGGUCCUCAGCCACAGUCACGUCUCUCAACGGCGUCGUAUGCGCUCUCGUCAAGAACUCCCUCGAUGCCGGAGCCACAAGGGUCAACGUUACUAUCGACUACUCCCGUGGCAAUUGCACGGUCGAUGACGAUGGGUUAGGCAUUCUACCCCUGGAGUUUCGAGAGAAUGGUGGACUGGUCAAGCAGCAUCAUACAUCAAGACUCUCACCCGAGAUAGACUGCCACGGCAUCAACGGAAACUUUCUAGCCUCUGUUGCCGCUCUGUCUCUGCUCUCCAUCACCUCCCACCACCAUCUCCACAACUCGCAAAACUCAGUCACCAUGCACAACUCAAAGGUCUUGGCACGCAAUAUCCCUGCCCUACCGGAGCAACGCCUAGUGACCUUCAGCCAUGGAACCCGCGUCACCGUUAGAGACUUGUUCGGCUCCAUGGCCGUCAGAGUCAAGCAGAGAGCUGCAGCCUCAGAAAAAGUCGCAGUGGACAAGGAAUGGGGCCGAUUACUGCAUGACCUGACUGCUCUGUUGCUAGCCUGGCCUUCGAGCGUUACUCUCUACGCCCGAGACAGUGUCAACAACAACGAGACACGCUUCAGGCCCAACACAACACCCAAGUCGGACAUGGUAACUCGGUCAUCACGCACCCUGACACAAUCAGGUCUCGUGGACGGCUUGGACCAAAUAGUCUGGACUUCCAUCGGCGCAUCUGUUGGGAAGUUGACCAUUGCAGGAUGCAUAGCGCUGAAGCCCGUGGCCACACGUCGAGCUCAAUUCAUCAGCUUCGGUAUCCAUCCCGUGUCUAAUGAGCACGGAACCAACAUCCUGUACAAUGAGGUCAAUCGUGUCUUUGUCAAUUCGGGUUUUGCUAUAGAGGAGGACGCGGAUGCCCCAAGCGAUUCGCCCGAUGUCCUUCUUCCAGGUUCAAAGGGAACUCCGGCAAAGAUUGCCAAGCCGAGGCGAGGCUUGGAUCGGUGGCCAAUGUUCUACUUUCAAAUCAGCUCUUCGUCCCGUGCACGUCCUCUCGUAGCUUCAUCUUUCGAAGACCUACUUGAGGAGCGGGACCACACCCUGGCGAACAUGAUUGACCUGCUCAAACUUGUCUCUUACGAGUUCUUGAAGAAGCAUCAUUUCCGACCCCACAAAGUCACUACUUCUCUUCAGGGCUCUUCUCGUAACAAGCAUCAAGGAGAUGAUUCUCGUAGUACAGAAGGGAGGCGCAAAGGCAGCCGGUCGCGGACAGUCUCGUCGACGACCAGUCGAUCGAACUCAGCUACCCCGCUGUCGAGGCCAGAGUCCCCUUUUGAUCUCUGGCAACGAGUGAAGGUAGGACGGGCAUCUGGAGGCACCUCGAAAUCGGGAGCAUCAACUCCCCUGUCCUCAGAGGCCGCUUUAGGAGCCACCAUCAGACACACUGCGGAACAAGAGUUGGGUGAGGACAUUACGAAACCUCAGCCUAGCUUGCGGUACCUCGACGAGUCCGGGAAUCUUCUGCGAAAGCCCUUUGAUGAUUUGACGCCGAAAUCUUCGCCAAAGCAAGACGAAGCUGGCAAACGUCCCGGUGCUACAAAUGAGCCUGCUGGACAAUCUCAGCCUUGCACGCGGUCAUCGGUUGAGGUAGAGGAAGAUCAAUUCAAUCCAUCUUCGGCAAAGCCUGAUGACAAUGGGGAAGUAAGAGGCCAUCUCAACUUGCUGCCUUCUUCUUCUCGAUUUUUCAAGCCGAGUGGUGACCGAAAACCUCAACCGCCGAGCGACAGGCUCAGGGGGAUUCUUUCAAAAUGGGAGAACCCCGUCUUCCAGCCUGUCGACCCCCCAGUACCUCAAUUCAAUGGUCCAGUGGCAGGACAAAAGCAGGGCCUGAUUCAUUCCCUCGAUCUUGACACCACUGGAUGUUCACACGGAGCCCACACAUCGAAUAUCAAGCUGUCUGGUCGAGUCUCCAAAGCUGCUUUGAUGGAAGCAGAAAUCGUCUCCCAGGUUGACAGCAAAUUUAUUCUGGUGAAACUCAGACGAGAUCUGAUUUCUGGCGGAAACCUGCGAGACAUUCAAACGAAUUCCGUACUAGUCUUGAUCGAUCAACACGCUGCAGACGAGAGAUGUCGACUCGAGUCGCUGAUGCGGGACUAUUUUUACACUGCGAAUCGCCAGAAAGAGGUACUUGCACAGACGGAGGCUCUUGAAAAGCCCUUGCAGUUCGAGUUCUCGUCCAAGGAGUGCAGACUGCUGCACAAAUACGUCCACCAUCUACGCCGAUGGGGUGUAUUCUACAACAUUGAUGAACCUGAGCCGACAGACUGGCGGCACAGAAGAAGGCAGCUCCCCCAGGUGUACGUGUUCAGCCUGCCACCCAGCAUCCUCGAGCGAUGCAGAUCAGAGCCGAAAUUGCUCGCAGACCUUCUUCGGCACGAAAUAUGGAAAGCAGAGGAAGACGGCAGCCCAACUUCCAGGCCAUUCAGUUUCGCUGCUGGGAGUAGCAGUCAAGAGGUCGACUGGGUAUCGAACUUUCACGGAUGUCCUCAAGGGAUCCUCGACUUGCUCAAUUCGAGAUCCUGCCGCAGCGCCAUCAUGUUUAAUGAUGUCUUGUCCAGGGACGAAUGCGAGGCUCUUGUUCGCAGGCUCAGUCGGUGCUCGUUUCCAUUUCAGUGCGCACAUGGACGACCAUCCAUGGUGCCGUUGGUGGAUACGAGAAGCUUGGUGAUGAAAGAAGAGACGCCGCUGGGAAGCUUUGGGAGCUGUCUCAGAGACUCUGGCUUGUUGAAGUGA